CGCCGCGGGAAGAUGGCGCAGGAGGCAGGCGACAUGGAAGAUGGGCAGCUUUCUGACUCGGAUUCCGACAUGACGGUGGCACCCAGCGACAGGCCGCUGCAGGUGUCGAAAGCACUAGGUGGGGACUGUGCAGUGAGGCCCUUCCAGAGUACUGCAACAGUGUGUGCUCCGGUAUCGCAUUAUCGGACUGUUAAAAGUGUGGAUUCAAGUGAGGAGAGUUUUUCGGAUUCAGAUGAUGAUAGCUCUCUCUGGAAGCGCAAACGACAAAAAUGUUUUAACACUCCUCCCAAACAAGAGCCUUUUCAGUUUGGCCAGAGCAGCCAGAAACCGCCUAUUGCUGGAGGGAAGAAGGUUAACAACAUAUGGGGUGCUGUGCUGCAGGAACAGAGUCAAGAUGCAGUGGCCACUGAACUUGGUAUCUUGGGAAUGGAGGGCACUAUUGACAGAAGCAGACAAUCCGAGACGUACAAUUAUUUGCUUGCUAAGAAACUUAAGAGGGAAUCCCAAGAGCAUACAAAAGAAUUAGACAAAGAGCUAGAUGAAUAUAUGCAUGGUGGCAAAAAAACGGGAUCAAAGGAGGAGGAAAAUGGGCAAGGUCAUCUCAAAAGGAAACGACCUGUCAAAGACAGACUAGGAGACAGACUAGAAAUGAACUAUAAAGGCCGAUAUGAGAUCACAGAGGACGAUUCUCAAGAGAAAGUGGCUGAUGAAAUUUCUUUCAGGUUGCAGGAACCAAAGAAAGAUUUGAUAGCCCGAGUAGUGAGGAUAAUUGGGAACAAAAAGGCUAUUGAACUUCUGAUGGAAACUGCUGAAGUUGAACAAAAUGGUGGCCUUUUUAUAAUGAAUGGUAGUCGAAGAAGAACACCAGGUGGCGUUUUCCUGAAUCUCCUGAAGAACACUCCUAGUAUCAGUGAGGAGCAGAUUAAGGACAUUUUCUACAUUGAAAAUCAAAAGGAAUAUGAAAAUAAAAAAGCUGCUAGGAAGAGAAGAACACAAGUGUUGGGAAAAAAGAUGAAACAAGCUAUUAAAAGCCUAAAUUUUCUAGAAGAUGAUGAUACAUCACGAGAGACUUUUGCAAGUGACACAAAUGAGGCCCUGGCCUCUCUUGAUGAAUCACAGGAAGGACACGGAGAAACAAAGUUGGAUGCAGAGGAAGCCAUUGAGGUUGAUCAUUCUCAUGAUUUAGACAUCUUUUAGGACAUUUUGAGAAAUAAGCCUUUCUAAGAUAACAUUGUAAUAAACCAUUUCUACUGAGAUUGCUUUAUUUUACUUUGCACUGAUAAACCCAAAAAUCUGGA